UGCGUUGUUGCCCAGCCGGUGGCUAAGAUGGCGACUCCCAUGCAUCGCCUUAUUGCCCGGAGACAGGCGGAGGCAAACAAGCAACAUGUGAGAUGUCAGAAGUGUUUAGAAUUUGGACACUGGACCUAUGAAUGUACAGGGAAAAGAAAAUACCUUCACAGACCUUCAAGGACAACGGAGUUAAAAAAAGCACUGAAAGAAAAAGAAAAGCAACUAUUACAACAAAGCUCUGGAGAAGGCACUACGGACAGGAAGAGCAAAAAGAAAAGAUCUAAAAGUGUGACAAGUUCCAGCACUAGCAGCAGCAGCAUCAGUUCCGCCAGUGAGUCGUCUUCUGAGAGUGAAGACUCUUCAUCCUCCUCUUCUGAUGACAGUGACAGUGAUGAAAGCACUUCCACUUCCUCCUCCUCCCCUUCUUCAAGUAGUUCUUCCAGCUCUUCUGACUUUGAAACAGAUUCCAGUUCCUCCAGUAGCAGCAGCAGCACCAGCACAGACAGCAGCACAGAUGAUGAGCCACCAAAGAAAAAGAAGAAGACAUAGUUUGCAGGGUCAGAACUCUGGUGUUGGAAUUUUAAAAAUUAAAUGGCAUUUAAAAUUGCAUUUAUGGCCAAACAAAUGAACAGGUCCAUUUUUACAAUUCGGAAAAAAGUGUGUUUUACAGAGUAGUCACUAUGGUAUUAAAAAGCUGUUAAAUGGCAAAUAAUGAUUAUUGAAAGAGUAUUUUUGUGGGUUAUUGUUUAAUAGGAAAGGCUACUUUAUUUAAUUUUUAAAGAAAUCUAUCAAAUGUUUAUAUGAACUAAGGUCCAGUCGCCCUGAUGUUUACAUGCUAGAAAGCAACUUUAUUUCUUUGAACCAUCCUGUGUUGUGUCAUAGAGAAACCUUUAUGCCACGUUCAGAUUGCAAGCAAGGUGGAAGGAGGGUGAAUAUAAAGUUUUAUUUCAGUUGGCUGACAAUAUAGCAAAGCCAUAUUAAAUCUCUGCUAAGAGUUAAAGAGGAAAUGAUGAUAUUGCAUCAAAUAUAGAUAAAAUAAAUUUACUUUUUUUUCAAAUGGCUUUUCCGGGUCAAGUAUUAGUUGCAAUGUCAAACUUCUGUCAAUGCUGAUCUGUUGGUCAAUAUGUUUGUGUUCAUACAUUCUCACAGAUCUUGUUCUGCAUAACGGAAACAGGCUUCUGUGCACAGACUGUUGUUCUGGAUGUGUUCCCCAUAUAUGCAAAAAGGAUGUUUAGUAGAGAACAUAGCACAGUAGUGGGCUGCACACGUUACUGCACUUGGACUCUCCCAGCAAAUGGAUGGCUAGUUAUUAGUUUUGAAGGUUCAGAUUGCCUUUUGAGCUUGGGGAGGCUGAUUCCAGAAACCCAUUUCUCCUUUAUAAGUGAACAGUACUGUUAGUACUUACCAAUGUCCAUCUGUUCAUCAGUGGAGAUCCUUACAUGCAGCUGCAUACUCAACUCAGUGCUAUGCACCAGAAUCUCUGGACCAGGGCCAAAUGCUUUAAUCUUUUUAACAGGACCUGUGUUUAGAGCUUCUUACUGAAACUUUUCUGAGACAAGGUCAUCCCUGUAAAGCAUUACUUGCACAGUGCAUAGAGAGAGUAGUAUUACCAUUGCAACAGAAGUGUUUCAUCUUUGUGCCUUUUUCAUAAAGUUAAAUAAGUACUAAUAGGGAAGAUUGGAAUCCUAAUUAUACCUUCCACAUGCUAAUUUGGGAGCCUUGAGAAAUGGUAAUAGCAUACAUGCCCUGUUUUCAGUGAGGAAGAAAAGUACUUUCAUUGGGGCUGGGUUAAAAAUGUGUCUACAAUUUUCCCUUUGUGCUAUGUUUGGGAAAUUAUUAAGUGUAAAAUAAACUGGAUUAUAUUGAUUGCAUAAC